GAACGAGAAACGAGAAAACGAGAUUACGAGAAAACGAGAAAACGAGAAAACGAGAAAACGAGAAAACGAGAAAACGAGAAAACGAGAAAACGAGAAAACGAGAAAACGAGAAAACGAGAAAACGAGAAAACGAGAAAACGAGAAAACGAGAAAACGAGAAAACGAGAAAACGAGAAAACGAGAAAACGAGAAAACGAGAAAACGAGAAAACGAGAAAACGAGAAAACGAGAAAACGAGAAAACGAGAAAACGAGAAAACGAGAAAACGAGAAAACGAGAAAACGAGAAAACGAGAAAACGAGAAAACGAGAAAACGAGAAAACGAGAAAACGAGAAAACGAGAAAACGAGAAAACGAGAAAACGAGAAAACGAGAAAACGAGAAAACGAGAAAACGAGAAAACGAGAAAAUUAUAUUAAAUAA